AUGUGCAAUUUUUUGCACCUCCAAGACCCUAAGGACUGGGAGAACUUUGAUUGGGACGGUGAUAACGACGACGGCUCCGACGAUGACGAGGAGGCAAGCCCGUGUUCUGACAUGUUUCACGAACUGAGCUUUGGCAGCCGUUCAGUUAACGAAGCUUUAGUACAAAAGGUGAACCCUUCUGGGCGCAUCGGGAUUUUCUCAACUCUUAAGUUCCCCGAGGUGGAAGGAGGCACAGCAGAGGCCGCUCCGCAGGCCGGCCCCGUCACCACUGCGGAAGCGCCAGUGCUCCAGCAGCAGGACAUGGAUGCCUCACAAGCUGCCUCUGCGCCCAUGGACCUGUCUGCAGCCGUGCCACAGGCACAGGUUGAGGUUCCUCAGCCAGCAGAAGCGGCAGAUGCAGGUGAAAAGGCCAAUGACCGCGAAAAGCGCCGAGUCGCAGCCGCCGCCCUCGCCGGACCAGGACCCACUCCAGCACUGAAGGAAGUGUACUGCAAGUGUUUGCAGGUGGAGCUCACGACCAAGGAGCCCCUUGGCCAUGUGCAAACCGAGAGGGAAAUCCUCAUCCUGGACCCAGAUGGCCAGCAGAUUCCUCCGGUUGCGUACAACACGUUCGAUGAAUGCCCCUUCCCUUCGGAAGUGCUGGAUGAGGUGCGGAGAUCUGGCUUUGUGAAGCCCAGUCCGAUCCAGAUGUAUUCCUGGCCUUUGGCAGUGCAGAGCAAGGACAUCAUUGGCAUCGCAACAACCGGAAGCGGGAAAACCGUGGCUUUCUUGUUUCCAGCAUUCAAGUUCAUCAUCGAGACAAAAGCGAGUGCGAACGAUCCCACUCUCCUCUGCUUGUCACCAACUCGAGAACUGGCAGUCCAGGUUGAGAACGAGGCUCACAAGUUUGGUCGCGAUGCUGGCAUUGUGACUGUUUGCGUUUAUGGGGGUGUUGGCAACAAGCGGGAUCAAGGCAGAGACUUGGCCAAAGGGUGCCAUGUUCUGGUUGGUACGCCUGGCCGACUCAAUGACUUCGUUGAGGGAAAGGAGGUCUCCCUGAGUAACGUCUCAAAGUUGGUCGUUGACGAAGCCGAUCGCAUGCUUGACAUGGGCUUUGAGCCCCAGAUCCGCAAGGCAGUCAAUGAGGUGAAAUCGAAAAUGGAAAGGCAGACGCUUUUCUUCACAGCAACUUGGAAUACCAAUGUGCAGAAGAUUGCUGCCGACUUCCUCAACAAGCCUUUCCAGGUCAAGAUCGGCAGCACGGAACACCUCAAAGCUUCGGACAGCAUCAAGCAGAUUGUGAAAAUUGUUGACCCCGACAAGAAGGUCCGGCACCUCACAAAGCUGUUUCUGGAGUAUGACAUCUCCGAGAAAGGCCGUGGCGAGAACCGUGCGAUGAUUUUCUGCAACACGAAGAAGACCUGCGAGCAGCUCGAGGAUGGACUCAAUCGCGCCAGGGUUCGCUGCGACUCAAUUCAUGGUGACAAGGAGCAAAAGGAGCGUGAGCGAGCUCUAAAUGAUCUCCGUGACGGUUAUACGAAAAUCAUCUGCGCAACGGACGUGGCCGCUCGAGGCUUGGAUGUCAAGGGCGUAACCUUGGUGAUCAACUACGACCCACCCAAGAACGCAGAGGACUAUGUACACAGGAUUGGCCGAACUGGACGUGCUGGGCAUUCUGGCACGGCCGUGACUUUCCUCACUGAUCGAGAUGAUUUCCAAGCUCGUCAGAUCCGCACUGUCAUGCUCCGCAACAACCAGGAGGUCCCACGUGAGCUCCAGGCGCUUGUGGAUGGCACCCUCCCGCGCCGCCGCCGCAGCCGCUCCCGCCGUCGCAGCAGAUCACGGAGGCGCAGCCGAUCCCGCAGGCGCAGCCGGUCCAAGCGCAGAAGCCGCGAUCGGAGGAGCCGAGAGCGACGAAGCCGGGAUAGGCGGAGCCGCGACCGCGGAGAGCGCGAACAUCGAAGUCGAGACAGGCGCAGCCGAGACCGCCGAAGCCGAGAGAGGCCUCGCAAGAGAAGCGAGCCAAGGGAUGCAAGAUCUCGGUCAAGAGAUGACAGAGCGCAGCCAGAUGACAGCUUUGAGGAGCAGCGGCCUCCAGCUCAAAGUCCUCAAGCUUGGACGCCCCCGCAGCCAGCACAGUACCCUCCCCAAGCAUACCCUUCUCCAGUCCAGCCACACAUGCCAAAUCAUUACCCUGAGGCUGCCGCACCUCAGCCAUAUCCAGCGCACACGCCAGCACACGCAGCACAGGCACCACCUGCCCAACCCCAAUACAGCUGGUUAAAAGCGCCGGAGCCAGCGGCUGCACCAGCCCCACACUAUGCCACCCCUGCCACGCAUUAUGCGCCACCGCCCUCCGGGUAUGCCGCCCCUGCGCCGCAAUGGAGUGGCAUGCCGCAGCAUCCGCAACAGUCUGCACCGCAAGUGAUCCCUCCUCCUCAGCACUAUGGAACGGCACCCCAGGCCCAGCAAGUGCCACCCAGGCAGUACAGCUGGCUCCAGUAG